GUUGUUGAUUCAGUUGUAAACUAAGGAGGAGUGCAGUGUACUGCUACAGUAGCUAAAAGCGAGUCAUGAGGCUUCUGUUUGUUUCGAAUUUGCUCAUAUUCUGUGUCCAGUUGGCGAGUGGAGUACUUCCAAAACAUGCCAUUCGUGAAAUAAGUGGACUUGACAAAGCAAAUAGGUUCGUUUUGCCGGUGACCGCGAAUGGCGAGGUGUCUUCAGACCCAUUUCCAAACAUUUCCCAACCAUGUAAAGACGCAUUUUUGGGACUAAUAAGACCACCAUACACUCAAUUAAUUCGAUGUAAGUACGAUCUUUUUAUUUUUGCAAUGUUUUGUUUACAAGUAAAUUACCUUAAUUACAAUUGAACACUUCCUCAAGCUUAUAUAUUCUGCUUGCAAAGUAAGCUUAUCGUCAGGACGUAACGUGUCGAUAAUUCCGAUAGUCGAUAAAAUUCGAUUGUUGUCGAUCGUUGUCGAUACAAAUCAAUCGACAAAUAUCGGAAAUGGAUAAAAGUCGAUCACACAAUUUCUUGUGAUUAUCGACUUUGUUCGAUUAUGAUUGAUUUUGAUCGACUUUGAUCGAUUUUGAUCGAUUUCAAUCGACAAAUACAAAAUCGGAAAUACAAAACACGAUGUAUGGCGGGAAAAAAGAGUACAGUUGUCGAGGACAGAUUAAUAACGCAGCAUUGGCUAUGCCAAGACUUCAUUUUACCGCUCAUAUAAACCCGAAUAACCACAGAGAAACUACCCUUUUCUUCCAGCAAAAAUAUUUUAUUAAGCAAAUCAUUUCAGAUGGAAUCUCUGAAAUUCUCUCUGAAGUAUGUGUUUUAUAGCAGCUGUUAUCACUGUAAGCAAUGAUUUAUGCAUAUGCAUAUGUGUUAAACCUAAUUAAACUCCUGCGCUUAUCAAUCAAAACUUCAAUUAGUUAAAAUUUAAUUUCCCAGUAUGUUGUUUGGCUCCUAUUGUCACUCUAACGAUUAAAAGCUGUUAUAACUGAACAUGAUGUAAUGUACACAACUGUUAACAAAUUCAACUACGCCUGGAAUUAAUAAACAGUUCUGCUGAGUACCUGUGACUGACGUCGUUUUGGUCUGAACAAGGCUAGAUCUGGCGAGAUUAACUGUUUGUACACGGGUUCAUAUUUUCUGAUACUGAGCAAUCGCAAUUCGUUGUAUUGUUACUGUCAUACGUAGGUUGCGGACUGGUACAACAAUCAUAGGCGCAAGGAGAAGCAAGGGGCAUACAAACCCGGCGAAUUUAGCCAACCUAGCGGAGAGAGAGGAGAGUUGUAGCCGCAGCUUGUGUUUGUCAAAUGUUGAACUUAGUAAAAUCACUGACGAAAAUAAAAUGCCAAUUUACCUUACUUUUUAAUUACUUUUCUGGCCUCAAUUUUUUCCCGCAUCCAGUCUAAACUUUGAUCUGUUCUGUUCCCUCUAAGAAACACGACUUCGAGUUCCCAGGAUCUCUCAUCUCUCCCGCCAAGAGAGACUCUGAGAACUAGGUUGGUCCGAGUUAUGUUACGGAUCACGAUUUCGCUCAGCUGAAGCUGUUAAUCGAUCAUUUCUCGAGGUAAUUUAAACAUUCUAAUUCUAUUCUACAAUGAAUAACAGACCACUUGGUUGUUUAGCUUUAUUGCCAUACAGAUUUACAGAGAUUUACUUUAGAGCUUUUUACACUUUCAUAAAAAAAGCUGAAAAAAGUCAUUCGAGCUAUUAUUGGUUUGGUUACUUGAAUUUCGUAGCUAAUUGAAAAAUUUGUCGAUAAAAUCGAUAAACAGUUAAAAAUCUUGUGAUUAUUGACUUUUAUCGACAAAUUUGACUUGUCGAUUGACAAUUAUCGACAAAUUUUGAGUACUAUUGACUUAUCGACUACGUUUUCGAUGAUCGACUUUGAUUGACAUGUUACGUCCUGUUAUCGUUAAGUUGUGACCGUUUGUUAGCUAAUUACUAUGUACUAUUACUUGUCACACUGCCAAACCUCAACUCGACCAACUGAAAAGUACCCUGCAUGCAGAGUCACUUUGAUCUUUCCUCGAUCGGCAAUUAAUCAAAGGAUUUUGAAGAUGUUGGCAGAGUCGUUCCUCUUUUCUGACUUAUACCUAGGAAAGAUCAAAGCGACCCUGCUAGCGGGGUAACUGAAAAACCGGGGUGCUCAAGUAUUAUGGUUUGUUGUUGAUGUCAUUCUAGAUAAGGAUGCCUCAGGAAAACCAGGAAGUGGAGUGGCUGGAGGCAAUCUUGUGUGGCUGGGCUCUUACAGUUUGUGCCAAAAUAUGUCUGAAGCCCAUUACUGUCUUGCUCCUAAAAUCACUUUAGAACUCAAAGGAUUUGUAAGUAUUCUUCAUUUCACUAAGAAAUGGAAUAAGGAUUACUUCAGUCAGUGGAGACUUCCAAUGCUUGACACUCACGCCAGUCCACUAGCCAUGGACUAGUGAAACUUCAUGAACUGGGCUAGCCUGAGAAAUCAGCCGACAUUUCGCCCCACUACUGACAAGUCAUCAGUAUGGAAUUUCUGCGCUUGUUUCUCAGACGUCAUUUGGUGGGGAAACCAGUGGUAGUGUCGGUAAAUGUUGGCUGCUUUCUCAGGCUAGAACUGGGCUAGUAAAAAAUAUACCUCUACUACCUAGACCGAUUAGUUUAGUGGACAAAAUGAAUUUUCUGUAAUGUUUUAAGUUGGGAAGGUCUUUAUCUAAAACGCUUUACGUAGUUUACAACAUACUUGCAAAAUGGAAACCAUGUAGGAAAUGGAAUAGAGAAGACUGGUUUCUAACCCAGCUGGUAUUUUUUAAAAAUUUUUUUUGGACAAGUGGCCAGCUUGUCCACGUGGGCUUAAGUGAUUUAUAUUGCUAAUUACUAGCCCAUUGCCUAGUGUCCAAAAAAGUCUAGCACUGACUUCUAUAAGAUGGAUCACCCUUUUGAAUGGAUGCCUAGUAGUGUGGGUCCCUACAUUCCGCAUCAUUUUGACUCUAUAAGCUGGCAAGAUGGUCCCAACCCAACAUUUUUGCCUUAAAGAGAGUUGUCGGAACUUACAGUGAUUGUUGUCAGGGCCAUCAUUAAGUUUUGAAGCAGCCAUAGCAAAUGAAGAUCUAUUAACCCAUAACAUCUCGCAAAAAUUUAUAGUGCCGCCCUUAGCUUUCCACUUUCAUCACCUGUAACAUCAAGUGAGCUCAGUAGUAACAGUUGUAAUGGGUUAAGGCCCUUAAUGAAAGCUUUUGUUUGGUUUUGACUCACUUGUAUGUACAGUGUAAAGCUUAACUGUAUCCUUUGACUAUUUGAUUAGAAAGCACCUGCCGAGUGGGCUGUUUGUGUACCUUCCAACUGCAGUGAAAGAGAUGUUGCUUUUGGAUUCCAGUUUUUGAUUAAAAGUGAGGAGCCAUUAUAUCAUAAGAUUAUAUUAGUAACAGUUUCAUCUUGUAUUUACCCCUGUAAGCCCCAGUAUCCAAAUACAAACUCUCCAGACUGAUCUCCAUACAAUUCCUGCAAGAAUUGGUUCAGAGAAUUUGAUAGCAGAUCAAAGCUUUUCCCUUUGCUUUUGGGAAAUUUUGAAUUAAACCCCUAAAGAGACUGAUCUGGGCGUAGCCCAAGCUUUUUUUGACCCCUAAAAGAGAUCAUGUUAAAACACAGACAAUACACAUAUUUUUAUAUUUUUUCACGUGCAACCCUAAAUGAGACCUUCAUGGCUAAAUAUAAUGGCUUUUUGCCCCUAAGCGAGACGACGAUCAUCCCACCCCUAUCAUAUGCAGAAUUCCCCCAGGGAGCAAUAUUUUACUGGUACCCUUUUAUGAACAACUGAAGACAAUAUAAUACAUUGUCAUGUAAUAAACCUAGUUAAGGUUCAAGAAUAGCUUGCCCUUUGUAGCCAGUCAUUCCUGUGGUACAAAAACGCCAUUUGCAGUGAUUUUGAUACCUCUGCAUCCUGUGUCCCUAACACAUAAAAAUCCCCAAAGACACAAGAUAAUUCAUGGCAUGUGUCCCAUUAGACGCGAAGAUUGAUCGAUCGAUCUGAACAUGUGUAUUUGUAGAAAUAUCCUGCUUGUUCAUGUAAUUUGUGUGGCAGUUGUUAUGGCUGUUGUUGAUCAAGGCAUAUUUCUUUUAAUCUUUGUUGUGGGCUUUAAAAUAGAAGGACUAUUUUUUAAUUUCAGUUUUUACUGCAAUACAGAUUUAUUGUCUGGUUACGUAAAGGCCGCGGAAUCAUUUUCAAUUUCAGACUCUUCUUUUUUUUUUUUUGACUGGGACUCAUGAUUUUUGACAAGAUGAGUUCCAGGACUCACCAUGACUAUUCGUGACAAAAUCACUGCAUUUGGAUAGCUACAGGAAAAUUACCAUUUUAAUGAACUCUUGGUUUGUCAUUUUCCAGUCAUCCCUUUAAUACUCUCUUGCAUAGUGGUUUUAAUCACAACACUUAAAUGACAUAGCUGCAAACAAUUUAUUGUUCUCAUUCCCCUCACCGUUAAUUCCUCUACCCUCAAGUAGUACCUGUUACUUUUUUUUUUGUCACUGGCUUGCAAACUUAAUGUGCUAUAAUAAAUUAUUUCUUACUAGUAUAUGUAGGAAAAAACCAGCUGCCUUUCAAUGUAUCCCUUGACAAAGAUAUGUCCAUUGCUUGUGCUCAUCCAUCCAAAUGGACAACAGGCCCAAUCAUCACUCUGUGAGUAUUUAAUAAUAAGUAUUUUAACAUUAAUAAAUACAACUUAUUUACAGUUGAUAAAAUCAUACACAGAGUACUUCCUUGACUUAGAAUGCUUGCUGUAAAGUUGCAGUUAAUUGAAAUAGAAGGUACCUUGUGAGAGGAGGCAUAUAUUUUUCAUUGUUGUUUAUAUUUGAUUGACAUUUUCUGUACAAGGCAAGUCAUUCUUUUCUGUAAGAUUCUCAUUGUAACAUUUUCAUGUAGAGUCAUCUGUGCUGUCAUUGCAUGUUUGUGUUUGGCUGGAACAGCGGUUGACUUGUUGGUUGUUCAAGGAUCAUGGAAAUUUUGGGUUACUGCAGAAGAACCACGUCAAGCAGAAGAAAGUGACUUUCGUAUAAGUAGCAACCAAACUGAACCUUUACUCAUUAAUAAUGGACUUUCAGAAAGCACUGGCUUGCGUUCUGUUCAGUACAUGCAGCCCAGCCUGGAGGAAAGAGGUAACUGCAGUUAACGUUACUGGGCUUUUCAAUAGCACACAAACUCUGAAAUUUAAAAGCCAGCUUAAGUGUUUUCGCAUCUGUCAGUUUUUAUAAUUACAAUCACAAGCAACGAACCUUGAAACACAGAAACACACAAAAUGGAUCAAAAUCCACCAAUAAAUUGCAAAUCACAAACUAUGGUCUUUUGAACUUGUUUGUAAACAGUAAACAUCUGACUAGUCCAAAGAGGUUCCCUAAGAUGAUUGAAGACAGCAGAGAACGUAAACGUUAGUUGGCUUUUGUAAUUCAGAAUUCACAAGUUUUUGAAAAGCAACAUUAGCUUUGAAAGCACAUGUAACCAUAAUCUGUUCUCCCUUCUUUGCUUACGAUUUUUAGGUGCACUUAGCUGACAUAUCUGAUUUUUGAGAAUUUUCUGAAGAGUUGUUUAUUAUUAUAUACAGACAAACCCCGUUGAUAAGGACACUGAAUGAGCCAUAGCAAGUGUCUGUUUUAAAGGAGUGUCCAUAUUAAGCGGGUUCAAUUUAUAGAAAUUGUAAGGGCUUUAUUUAUUUAUUUACCAGCUUUUCUGGACACAGGCCUGCCCAGAGGGAAUGUGCACGAACGGGACCCAGGUCCCAUGCGAGGUGCCAUCCGUACCCAAUCCCACAACCCUUAAAGGUUGGCCACACCACCGGGGUCUACGACCCCUACUCUUUUCGAAUAGUGAUGUGGGUUCUUUUACGUCCCACAAGAACAAAUCAGUGAAAGUGCUGUGAGACUGCACCUACGGUUUUUCGUUCUUAUCCGAGAAGACUAGAAAGUCUAAGCAGAUGUCAUUACAAAGGCAGCAUUUUCUUCUCAGUUAUUUAAAGACCCUGAUUGUUGGUCCGGUCGGGGUUUGAACCCGCAACCUCCCGCUCGGCAGACUGGCGCUCUCCCAACUGAGCUACCCAGGGGGCUUUCCUUCCCUAGGGACAAAACAAACUGUCUGUAAUAAUGAGGUGUCCAUGUUAAGUGGGUGUCUGUAAGGCGGGGUUUGACUGUAUUCUUGAAUUCAUCUCAUUUAAACCAAAUUUUAAUUAUUAUAUUAACAAGAUGAGAAUUAAUAGAAUGACCACCAAAGGGAAAAUGCUUUUAUCUUUUAGCAAUAUUUUGUCUAAACUAAUCAAAAAUGAAAAGUAUCGAGAUCAGCCCUUAGUUGUAUUAGGAUAUUGCACCUUAAAAGGGUUAAAUAAAUGUCACCUAGUUGGAGAUUUGGUAAUUAGAAAAAGUCAGGAAAAAAGUGUCACUAGAAUCUUGUGUAGUCAUUCAUUUUAUUGCAUCUAAUGAAUGAAGCCAUGGUCUAUUUGUAAUGUAAGUAAAUUACAGCUGCAGGUACCUGAUUUUUAGCAUAAAUUUCAAUACUUUUGAUUGACCUGUUUCCAAUUUCUGAAUUAUGGAACUUUAUGUAGGUUAAAAUACCUGGCAGUUGUUUCACUGCUUUUAUCUCUAUUUUUACAGGAUUUUUGAUCCAACUUCUGACCUGUUUCUCCGUCGCUCGUAAUGCCAGUAAGAUAAUGGACUGCACAGUACCACCCGGUGCUAUAACUUGUCUGAAUGGUGUGCGGGUGCUCAGCAUGUGGUGGGUUAUCCUUGGACACACGUAUCUGUGGCUUCUCAUUCUCCGAAUCCUCAGUAAGUUAACAAUGUACUUGUUUUUACUGUGAUUCGUUUGAAUCAAGUGUUCUCCUUAUUAGGCAGUAACCAGUAAAAUUUACCUUCUGCAACAGCCUGAAAUUUACUAAAAUUAAAGAAGUACUUCUAAAAAAUAUACAAGUUGUGAUCCGAUCCGAUUCUCACAUGCCACAAGGAAAUAAAUGAAUUAUAUGAAAAAUUAUUAAGUUUACACAGCUUUCCUUUUUAUGGGCCACACUUUCACACGUGAAGAUAACAUGUUUUUUCUCAUGUGAAGAUAUCAUGUUUCGCGCGAAAGCCCACGUGGUAUUUCAUUGGUGUUUGUAUGAUAAAUUUAGAUAUGUUAGAGGUUAAAUUUGAUGUCAGGUUAAGGUUGUUUUAACCUAGGUCGACUCUCAUUUCCUUUGUCUCCUAGCCCUAGAAAACAAAGGAAACUUUAAAAAUUGCUUUUCUUUACCACCUACAAAAUCCUACUGUACAUGAGCUCGCGAGAUACUUGCGUAUGAUGGGAAACUACCAUUUCAGAGGUGUUGAACCGCACCUGUGCCGCCCUACAGGAGAGGCAUUUAGAUUGAUACAGUCCUAUUCAAUGCAGUCUCCCGGGAUGGCUAUAGAUAGAAGCUGAUAGAUUCUGUGCAAACAAACUGAAGUAAAUUAACAUUGAUAUCUCUGGAUUUUGCAGACAAUGUAGGAUUGGCACUGAACAUUACUCAUAGGUUUUCUUUUCAAGCUGUGAAUAGUGCUUUCUUCUCCGUGGACAGCUUUUUCUUCCUGAGGUAGGCCUCCUUAACUACUAGAGUGACAAUUCUUGCAUCAAGACCUCUUGCUUGCGUUUAAUCAUAUUCAAUUUCUAAUCUGUUCCAAUUGUGUGGACAAGCGAAAGUCGCUUCAUGGGCCUCCGCUUUUUCUUAAACUACGUAUCAUGUAACUGAUCAUUUCCUAAAAGCCCAAUUAGAGGAAAAGAGUUGAAACUGCUGAGUGCUUAAUCGGCGACUUCCACCUUAGCUGCCAGUUUUUCUUCAUCGCCCUGCAACAUACCCACCAUCGAUAAACUCUUGCCACGUUUGUUGCAUGGGGAGGGGGACGGGGGGGGGCUGGUAACAGCUAUGGAAACCCUCGCUUAGGUCCCCUUAGUGACUUCAAUAUGUCCAUCCCCUUAAUGGACCAGCACUAACUUACGCUUGCUCUUGCGUUACAGGUCCCCGCCUGUAUUAUUGCAUAUUCAUGUAUGCUAUAUUCUAGUUUAAUGUUUGUAGUGUCACUUAUCUCUUGGUUUAUAUUGCUUUGGCACCGUCAAUGAAGUUAAAAUAAAACAAAGUGAAACAUAGGUUCAAUUUACGGAAAAUGGAGGAAGAUACAAGUAUUACUACCUUACGGUAUAGUUUUGAUGUAAGCAGGUAAUUUCAUUUCUUUUUUUUCAGUGGUUUACUCGUGGCGUACCUUGGUUUUCGUCGCAUGGAUAAGAAUAACGGCAGGCUUCCUCUGUUUCAGUUUUACUUUCAUCGAUUUUGGAGGUAAAAUCUCACCUUUACAAAUUAAACAAAAGAAUUCAGUCCCAUGUGUUCCUACAAAAGUUCCUUACCGUGCUUUUUCGAACCAAGAUGCGUCAUUUUUGUGGCAAUGGUCCGGUGUAGCCUGUUCACAGACCCUCUAUUUUUCUCUUAAAUUUGCGUCACGCGCGCGUAUAAAAAAAAAAGCGCGGGGCGUGAUUUUUUGCCCGCUAGCGCAAGGGGGUAGGGGUAGGGAAGAAGAAAAUAGACUAGGCUGUUCAAAGUCCUCCAUUUUUCCGUAAGAUCGUCGAGAUCUAAUACUUUGCGUUACGGGCGGCCAUCUUGGAUAAGUGUCAAAUCUACUUAGGGGCCGGGGGACGGUUAGGAAGGAAGUCUCCCUCCCCCCACCGCUACAAGAGGAGCCCGCAAUCCUAAUCUCCUGGUUGCUAUUGCGCAUGUUCAGCAUGCAUGUAGCCAGCUUCGAAUUCGUUUGGACUUCCACAAAGAAUGAAUGGAGUGCAUCGAACGCAAACUGAUCACGUGCGUUUACAACUUCGAUCACUCGUAAUUAAUCACGCAUGUUUUGCCAUCUAUCACAUGAAACUUGCCCAAAGCACAGCAUUUGAGCAAAAGCGUUUUUGCCUUCGAUCGCUAUCGCCCGCACUGCGUAACCUUCGAUUUUUACUAGUAUUUCAAGAAAGUGGGGUGAAGGGAGCGGGAUGUUUAUUCGUGGUUGGCCGGGGUUGCUUAUUCUAGGAAGAUCGCUUUUUAGAGGAUAAUAGGUGCACUUUACCGAAAUGUGGCUAUUUUAAACGCAUAGAAGCAUAAGCACUGUAUUUAAAACUUUUUUUGCAAUUUUAUGCUGAUUAUUUUUACAGCGUUCCCAUAAACGCACACGUGUGCGCAUUUUACCACAAAUCGAAAGGGACGCACGCUUCCUCCGAGAGUCCCAGGGACGCAUAAGGACUGGUUACUAUCAAUACAUCUUUGCAACCACUAGCCUUAUGUACGAUGAAGCUCUGGACAUUACCGUGCAUUAAUUACAUGUGCAUAGAGAGCUAUGUUAAUUUUAUUAUAUUUACUACAAGAAAGACACAGAUCAAUGUUUCCAAAAAACGUUUUUUUAGUACCAGUCCUUUCCCCUCCCACUCUUUAAAUUGCAUCCACUCAAAGAAGAUCUAGGGACCCUAGCUUUAAAAGCAAAAAGGACCCUUAAGUUCCUUAGUUUUCAUUGGAGUGUUGACCAAAACAACACAACCAUCCUCAGGAGUUUAAACACCAAUUAUUAUUGUAUUCGACAGGUUGACGCCCAGUUACAUGUUUGUUAUCUUGUUCUACCAUAAUCUUAUGAAAUUUCUCGGCGAUGGGCCCUUGUGGUAUGGUAUCCAACAGCCAACAACCUGCGGAAAAUACUGGUGGACUAAUCUGCUUUACAUAAAUAAUUUUCACCCUAAUUCCCUGGUCAAGGAAGUGAGUUUAUGACCACUACUUUCCAUUUGUGACGUGCAAUAGCAGGAAUAAUUGACUGGGUACCUGUAAGAUAUUGCUACAAUCAUGGACAAAAGUCUUGACGCAAACUUGAAUUUGUUGGUCUGUUUUUAAGUCACACAUACUCAACUCCUUCUCCCACCCUCACAAACAACAUUGGACGCGAGUAUCCAGAAUUUUUCAACAUAGGUUAAGGGGGUGGGGGAGUAGGGAGAACUGCAAAGUAGCACUGUGUUAUGAAGGCACCCAGAAGUUACGGGGAUUAUUGCAUCACUCUCUCAAGGACGUUUGCUCGGGAUUGUAGAUUCUCCCUCGAAACUACUUAGUGACCGUUAAUUUUUUUUAUCAGGAAGGGGGAGGGAGGUUUUGGUGGAUUUGAAAUGCCAAAAAAUGUAUAACUUAAGAGGGGGAACAAUCUUCUUCUGAUGAUUGGCUAUUAUUGAGCAGGCAAGAAAGAUUGGAUGACGGGGGAGGGUCAUUGAAACGUAAUAAUAAGUCUCUUCAUGAGAGGCAGAACCUGGCGCGAGAUCGAGAAUCAGUAAGGGCUUUUUUCCAUGUAUAAUGUAUCCCUUGCAUUUUACAUGCACACCCAUGGAUUUAACGAAGAAUGCAAAGUUCUUCAUGAGUUUUAAGCAAGAACUGUCAAUCGUUAGUAAUUAGAUUGCUCGUGUUUAAUAUUUCUGUGACCCCGUUCAAGGAAUGGUCCAGUUUUGGUACAUGGCGGUAAUUUUUUUCCUGCCGAAGUUGUUUAUGAACUGAAACAUGUUGGCUGAUUUGUUUACAAAAGUAAAUGUAAUAAGUCCUUUUUUCAUUUUUCAGUGUCUCGGAUGGUCGUGGUAUCUUGCCAAUGAUAUGCAGUUCUAUAUUAUCAGUCCUCUGCUGCUUUUCAUCAUCUACAGGUGAUCAAAGUUCGUUUCGCCAACGUCCUGUUCGCUACCGUCUAAAGUCGUUUCGCUAUCGUGUUAGGACAGUUCCCUGAGAUCUUUCGUCUCUUCAAGUGUGUAAUGGCCUUUUUUAGGUCGUGGCUAAAAGAACGAGCCUGUAUAUGCAUGUUUGGCGCUCGUUUCGUUUCGUAAGACGUUCAGGCGGUAAAAAAGUGCGGCGGUGUGACCGUUGUAGAGAACCUCUCUGGCAGCACUAGGUGGUGAUGAUGAUGAUGAUGGUGAUUGUGAUGGUUAUGAUGGUGAUGAUAAUGAUGACGACGAUGAUGAUCGAUUACCAUGAUAAUGCGAUACCUAUAUGAUGAUGGUAAUUGUAGCUUAGAAUGAUGAGAAUUGUCAUGGUGGUAAAGAGCUUGGUGAUCAUUGGUCAUAGUGAUACCAGUGAUGACAAUAAUGAUGACAAUGAUGACAAUGAUGAUGAUGAUGAUGAUGAUGAUGAUGAUGACGAUGACGAUGACGAUGAUGACGAUGACGAUGACGAUGACGAUGACGAUGAUGAUGAUGAUGAUGAUGAUGAUGAUGAUGAUGAUGAUGAUGAUGAUGAUGAUGAUGAUGAUCAUGGUGAUGAUGAUGGUGAAAGUGAAUGUUAAUGAUGUUAUUAAUAUUGUACUUGUUGUUAGUUUACGUCUUACAAUUGGAUGAAAUGUAGGUUUUAUUGUUUGUCAGACUCCGGUGGAUUGGUCUUGGUGCGGGUGUUGGUGGCCUUCUUACAGCUUCUCUUCUCGUCACCGGGGUAUUAAUUGGUCAUUACAACACAGAUGUCCUAGAGGCUGAACAAAUUGAGACUGGGUAAGUAUUGUUGGUUGAGCUGUGUAAGUUCUUGUUGUGCUAAUAUGUCCCUGUUUCGUUUUCUAUAUUUUAAAACGUUUUUCACUUUUUCUGGCGAUGUGAAACCAUUGUUGCACGUCGUGCGAUCGGCGCGUGCUGGACAUGGAGUGGCAUCCAUAUUGAAUUGUACUGCACCGUGUCAUACAAAAUCUUGAGAGUUCACACCCGUCCUUUCGUUGAAAUCACUCCUAAGCGUGUAGCAAACACCGGCUGUGCGCUGAGUGUAAUUGUGUAUAUUUCAUUUCUUAUAGUCCACCCAAAGCAAAGGCACAAAAUGUUAACUUUUGUUGAAAAGUUUACAUUGCGGCACCUGUCCCGUGAUGCUCUUUUUUCUUUUAGUAGGAGUUUUGCCGGGGAGAUUGAUUUCUUAACGCCGAGUUCAUUUUUCAAACCACACGCUUUAUCGCGGAGUUCCAAAGAUUUUUGGCGAUGCAACUCCAACUAAAGGUUAUACAUACACCCACUUAAUACGGACACCUCAUUAUUACAGACAGUUUGCUUUGUCCCUGGGGAAAGAAAGCCCUUACAUUUUCUCUAUUAAAAUUUAACCCACUUAAUACGGACGCCCCGUAAAUAUGAACACUUUCUAUGGCCUCCGCAGUGUCCGUGCGAACGGGAAUUGACUUUAGCAGAGACCACACCGUCAGAGUAAUCGUUUGAGUGGAUUUUAAUUUAGAUUUAAGAAAGAACAAGGCAGAGGUAGUUACACAGACAUCGUCUAUAUCAAGCCAUACUGCCGUAUUGCUCCCUAUCUCGUGGGAAUUGCACUUGGCUACCUGCUUUUCAUUGAAAAAAGUGCUCCGGCCAAGAAUCCUUUGGUGAGUAGCAGACAGAUGAGUUCGAUUUUUAAUUGUACUUUCCCAAUACAAGAGGUGACUGUUUGAGUAGGUAGAGACGUUAGAGGUUAGAGUCACCUUUUUAAGUGCUACCUGAGCCAGUCAAGAGACAUAACAGUAGCUCUGCAUUUCAAAGACUUUCUGGUGUGAAAAUCAGAUUUGAGUAAUUCAUGUCUGAGUAUACUUUUGAAUUAUAUCACUCAUUUGACGAUCGCGUGUUAAACAUUUGUCUUGCAAACCAUCAUUUUUUCGGUUGAGCAUUUUACAGUCAAACCUUUGCAUUUGCCUUAGCUUGCUUUUAUUCAGCAAAUCCCACGAAUUCACUUCGCCGUUAAUUGAAGUUGUUUGUUGCGCAUAUUCCUGGUACAUCAAAGGUACCCGGAGGAAACCUUGUCCGAUGGGAUUUAGCGAACUAUUGUUGGUUUUCACAUGACGUCACUAAAAUUCAAACCACAAAACUAUCGAUCCUACUGAGAUUUUACUUUCAUGGUGUAUUAAAGCAGCUGAAAACUAAUUUUCAAACAAAUUUUCGCUUCAAAAGAGUUCUUGGUUUUGUAAUGGAGUGCGCUUGAAUUUCUAAGCUUUUGCGUGACGCUGCAUUUACAUGACGGCCGAGAGAGCUGUCAUUUAGGUUAAAAAAUUGACUUUUUUCGUGGAAUUUUGCUAUCUAAACAGUUCAAGUCUUAGAAAAAGUAUUACUUUAAUGUUUAUGAUUUCCUCUAGGAGUAAAUUCACGCUUUUGUAGCAAACCUCGGUAACAGAUGUUUCUGUUGGUUUCCGUCCGCCAUGUUGGAGCUCAUCCGGUUGAGCUCUAGCAUGGCGUCUCCAUACAAAGCUCUAUAAAUUUGGGUAAAAAAUUUCCUCGGAUAUCUCGUAUAAGAAUAACUUUUUCGACCCAAAUCUUGGCGAGGGUCUUUGUAUAUUUACCUCCUUUCACUUCCCAGAUUCUGGACUUUAUCUGUCGAAUGGUUUUGAUUUUUAUUUUGAUCUAUUUUGAAUGGCGUGACAUAGAAAACCAGCAAUACAACUGGUUUUGAGUUUAAAAUUUGCCUUCGGGGCUGCAAAGUUACCGGGACUUUCGAGAAACGUGUCCCUGAUCUGGAUCACCUCAGUGAAAGGAACACAUUCAAUUAUUCCUAGUCCCUGCACGGUGUCUUCCCUGGCCUUCUCGGUCAAUGCAGUGACUCGUUCGGGUGACGUGACCCGAAACGCAUAGGCCGCGUGGAAUAAUGAGGCCGAGGGACUAGCCACCACCCCUUUAUUUUCCAACAUUUUGUGACCUCCGUGAGCAAAUUAUCGUUUGUAUCAUACAUAUGACAAUUUCUUUUUUUCUUUUCAGAAUAAAAUACCAAGGCAACUUGUUUGCUUGGUCGGCUGGUUUGUGGGCGCUGGUCUUGGCAUAACCGUUGUAUAUGGAAUAUACACUGUCAAUAAGAAAGGAGGUAGACCGUUCAACCAAGCAGAAAACAUCAUUUAUGGCACUUUUAGUCGGUUUGUUUGGGGACUGGCUGUUGCUUGGGUUGUCUAUGCCUGUCACAAAGGAUAUGGAAGUAAGAAAAUUACUACUUUAAUGUUGUAGAACCUUUUUACAGCUAAACCUACACCUGAGACCACCUUUUCAGAUUACUCAAAUCCAUUUAACAUAAGUACACACCACGGGUAUUUUACCAUCUACGUGGGAAACCAGAAAUUCCUGUCGGAAAAUCAAGUGUUUCGCGCAAUUUCGUUUGAGUAGCGUCAGGAAAUAUGGGCUGUGAUUUUAGUGCGUUCAGCUGAUUUGGAUUUACUUUGUGGCAGAUCGUUCUUCCACGUCGUCAAAGUUUGCAGCUUUAUGUUUAUGCGCAAGAUUUCCACCCGGGUGGUUUUGUGUAAAUGGUAAGCACCCAGGUCUUGGUAUUUUGGUUGAUUCUGUUUUAACGUAUUCACAUGGCGGUCAAUAUUAGUGAGGUCGGACUGCCUCCUCCAUAGGCUUUCCCAAGGCUAAGUGUGGAGCACGGAACAAGCGAGAAGCGCGAGAUGGGGAUGAUGGGAACGAGCGCAGAGUGCGAGCGGGGAGUGAUGGGAAGAAAAGAGAGAGAAAGGGGCAAGUCACUUCGCAUUUUGUUCCUUCCCAUUACUCCUUUCGCCCCCGCUUUCCUUAGCACAGUCGCUCAAAUAUCUCCAUAAAGUGAUCGCACGCGACUGGGGAUGAGUUAGGAGGUCGGAUAUUCGGGGUUUUGUCUAAAUAAAUCUUGAUUACGUAUGUAACAUCUCCGCGUUAUUUGAUGACGGUUAUGCAAAUCUGAUGAAAAUUUAUAUAUCGUCUUCUAGUUAGUCUAUUUGGCUGGGGAAAAUCAAGACAAAAUGCUUUCAACUGGACAAAGGCCAUAGCAGCCAGCUUCAAAGCUGUCAGCCAUCAGUGCGAACGCUUAAUUUUUCCCUGAAAAAAAAAAGGAUUUAUUGGGUGUAAAAACUUUCCUGCAUUACUAAGGGUGUGCUGUACAUAUCGUAAGGUUGCAUUAAAACGGUUGAACUUGUUUUGUUUUAUUCUAGGUCUUGUGAACAAGUUCCUUUCUGCAUCGUACUGGAUCCCACUGAGCCGUUUGACAUACAGUGCUUAUCUGCUUCACCCUAUCGUUAUGAAUGUAUAUUUUGGGUCAUUUCAACAUACUACAGAGUACACAGACAAGAUCUUCGUAAGUUCAUUUAACAUCUCCUCCCUUUGCCAGUACCUCCUUCUCAUGCUACUUCUUCAGUGGUUGGUGCAUCAGUGAACUGCCUACCAUUUACCCUAGAGUCGGAGUCAGUCAGCCAUGCUGUCAGGUGGUCAGUCAGUCAGAACUACAGUGAACCACUCCACCAGCCAGUCAAUCAGUCAGCCAGUAAGUCAAUCAGUUAGGCAGUCAGUCAGUAGGCCGGUCAGACAGUUAGUCAGUCGGUCAGUCAGCCAGUCAGUCAGUCAAUCAGUCAGCCAAUUGGUCAGCCAGUCAGACAGUUUACCAGCCAUUCACCAGCCUGUCCGUCUACCAACCAGCCCGUCAGUCAGUCUCUUAAAAAGUCAGUCAACUAGUCAACUAAUCAGUUGGUCAGUCAUUCAGUCAAACAUUCAUUCAUUCAGUCAGCCAGCCUUACCAGCAAGACAACCAGGGAUCUUAGGAUUGCAAUUUAUUUCACAUGUUUUCUUGUCAUGAACUGUUAACGAGAGUGAGAAAUGACCUUCUUGUUUAUUGCAGGCUUUUUACUUUGUGUCGAUAGUGGUGUUUGCGUACGCUUCAGCGUUUGUUCUGGCGGUGUGCGUAGAAUUUCCUACCAUGCAGUUGGAAAAGGUGCUGUUCUUCAGAAACAAGAACUCUGGCAUCUAAUGUUCUGCGGAUAAGCAUAAUUAUUUUCACGCCCCGAGUUUACACUCGAAUUUUGAAACAAAAUGAAAGUAGUUUAGUGCGGGGCAGUGUAAAAUUAAGACUAUCUGUUUUGUUCCCAUUUUUUCAAUUUCCGUUCCCCGAUACAGUGUCAUCGUUUCUGUUGCAUCCAGUGCAAAUUUCAGACUAAUUAAAUUACACUAUUCAUUCCUACCAAUCUUGAUACAAAACACUCUUUUCAAGUAAAAAAAAUAAAAAACAUAAAUGAUCAUUUAGGAGGUACAAGUUAAGUUUAUUUGAAAUUAAAUGAUUGAUUUUAGUAAAAUCCAACCAGUUGGUCAAAAAAAUCGAGAAUAAAGAAAUGUUAGCUAGUUAAAGCUAGACUUUAAUCCUUUUUUGCCGCCAAAAAGCCCACGCUUUUCGCUACUAGUGGGCUAUAACAUAUAGCAUAGUAGUAGCUCAACCACUCAGAACGCAGCAUUGAUAAUUGACCACUAACUGGAUUUUACUAAAAUAGGUUAUUCACCUCAUUGUCGAUGGAUAGGGCUAGGGUUCAAAUUUGGUUUUCAUCCAAUUUUUUUCAUUCUCCCGCUCCCCGUUUCCCUGACUUAGUAGCAUCCCAACAGAAAUGGUGUAGCGACAAACAUGUAAUCAUAGCACGAAAGCAUGAUUGCGAGUGCAUUUCAUGAUUUAUGGGCACGAUUAAUAUUUUGAAAGUUGUAAGAGCUUGCCUUAUUGCAUGAAAUUUGGGCUUUAAUUCUUUGUGUUUGUAUAUUUUUUUCAAUUUUUUAUUAUUUUUUCGAUUUUAUCUUGCCGAAGAAAGCUUGACAUAAAAUUUUCGCGACUUUUCGCCACAAAAACCAACAUUUCUAAAUUCCAAUUCGAUCCGGAAUGCUCGAGCGUUUAAUACAUAUGAUCCCCUGGCUCGGGAGAUUGGGCAACCACUCCUCACGCUAUCGAGCUUAAAUAAAAUUAAUUUAAUUUAAUUUAAUUAGUGUAGUAACUGGUUUUGUAGAAAUGGUACAAAAUGAAUUCGCGAAAACAAGAAAAGUGAAAAUACAUGG